AUGGCAAAGAGCAGCAAAAGCUCUAAGAAAGGAAAAGGAUCCAAAGGCAAGACCAAAGGCAGUAAAGACGCCGCCAAGAGCAAAUCCAAAGGAAGUGGAAAAAAGGUGGUUGAUGAGACUCCGCCCGUUGAUGUCGCUGUGCAGACCUGCCCCAACAACUUCUGCUAUCUAUGCUGCUUCCAACUUCACGAUGCAGCUGCUAUUCAAUCUCACGUCCUCCUCCUCUCCCACGCAUCCCAAAAUUUUGGUGAUACCGAUCUCAGCCACCUCUGUCGUCUCUGCCAUGAACGAAUUCCCCUAAAAUGGGGUCCCACACACAAAUGCUGCAGUUUAAAGACCUCAUUCAUCAGCCGUAACACGUCAGUUCCCGCUCUUAAAGGAGGGGCACCCUUCCAAUGCCUCUUCUGCCGUGGAAAGCCUUUGAAAUCCCGCAGCGACUUGGUGGUCCAUCUCCUUGCUUUUCACCGACCUGACCGCCCAAGAGGGCAGUGCGGACUUUGUGACUUUCACUUUGAAGAACUGCCUCCAUCACCACCGACUACGAAAAUCCCACCGCCUUCACCGAACGCGGAUUUGGAGACUGUUAAACAAUAUAGAAUGGCCCUUAGAGACGCCGAACUUAGUGAGUUGCUCAAGUUGGAGUCUGCGGAAUUGAAAUUGGGAGAAAUUAAGCUAGAAAAACACUGUGCUACCGACCAUAACCCCGUUUAUCGCAUCGUCUCUCGCGAAGCCGUGCAAGAAUACACGCAUCUACGUGAACCCUACGCCUGCUUUCUUUGCCGCCGGACAUACAAAAACAAUUGGGAUUUCCAUGCCCAUGUGCUCUGUCGUCAUGGCCAGAAAUCGGAGCUGAGAGGACGUCUUCUUACUUGUGCCAUGUGUGGUGAGGCGAGUUCCUCCGAGGAGGGCUUUGACAAACACGUCCACACCAGACACGUCUUUGCUCCACAGUGUUUGGCAGAUUAUUGGACAAAAAAUGAAUUGUUACAGGAAUAUGUUUGCUGUGCUACCACGUGUGCUACAUGUUGGGAGAUCUACGAGGAGGAUUUCGAGCUGCAAGCACAUAUCCUAGUAGCUCAUACUGCACCACGAUUCCUGCAGUGUGGAUGGUGCAAUACGGAUUUUUCUGGUGGAUUCGAGCCUCUGGACGGAUUUCUGAUCUUCCUUAACCAUGAGCAUAAUCAUGCAAGGGGUCUGCAUGCCGCGGCUUUGGAGCUGCACAUGACUGCGAAGGCGAUGUCGCCGGCACUGCCGGAUGAUCUGUCAAAGGAGGCAGUGGAGGCGGCUUUGAGGGCUCUGGGAGGUGGAGGUGGGGACGAGGAGGUGAAGUCGGGGAAAUCGAAGAGCAAGGAUAAGUCAAAAAGCAAGGGCAGCAAGGAUAAAGCGUCCAAAUCAAAGAAAAAUGACUCCUCCAAGGGAGGAAAAAGCAAGGGGAGCAAGAAGAAGAAGAAGUAA